GUAAAAAAGCUUCAGAAUUUUGAAACUGAGUUUGUGCUCAUAACAAGCCCAAUGCAUGGUUCGUUUACCAAUCCCAACAAGCAACCAAGUCUUCCUUCCAAAACCCACCAACUGCAAUACAGAUUUUCUCUCCAAAACUCGCCAAUGUCUCACUCUACUCAAACUCUGCUGCUCCGCGAAACACCUCACUCAAAUCCAUGCUCAAGUCCAAGUCUCUGGUCUCCAAAACGACACCCACCUUUUAAGCGAACUCGUCCGCUUUCGCACAUUGUCUCCUCUCAAAAACUUAACUUACGCGCGAACCCUUGUUUAUAAUUCGAGUAACUCGGCGCCUAUUUCAUGGAACAUGCUUGUUAGAGGCUAUGCCUCUAGUGAAACACCAAGAGAGGCCAUUUUGGUGUUUCUUGAUAUGAAAAGAAGAGAUGUUAGACCCAGUAAGCUCACUUUCCCUUUUGUUUUAAAGGCUUGUGCGGAGAGUUUUGCUCUUGAAGAGGGAAGGCAGGUUCAAGUGGAGGUUGUGAAGUGUGGAUUGGAUUCUGAUGUUUAUGUGAACAACAAUUUGAUACAUUUUUAUGGGUCCUGCAAGAAAACUUAUGAUGCCCACAAAGUGUUCGAUGAAAUGUGUGAUAGAAGUGUGGUGUCGUGGAAUGCGGUGAUAACUGCUUGUGUUGAGAAUUUUUGGCUAGGGGAUGCAAUCGGGUAUUUUGUUAAGAUGAUGGAUUUUGGGUUUGAGCCGGAUGAGGCUACGAUGGUGAUUGUGCUUUCUGCUUGUGUUAAGCUUGGAAAUUUAAGCUUAGGGAUAUGGGUUCAUUCUCAAGUUGUUGAGAGAGGAAUGGUGUUAAAUUGCCAAUCGGGUACUGCUCUUGUUGACAUGUAUGCGAAGUGUGGUGCUGUAGGUUAUGCUAGGCUCGUAUUUAAUAGAAUGAAGGAGAAAAAUGUAUGGACAUGGAGUGCAAUGAUUUUGGGAUUAGCUCAACAUGGAUAUGGCAAGGAAGCCCUUAAGCUUUUUUUGAAGAUGAUGAAAAAUUCUGCAAUUAGACCUAAUUAUGUCACAUUUCUUGGUGUUCUUUCUGCUUGUAGCCAUGCUGGAUUGGUGGAUGAUGGAUACCGGUACUUUCAUGAUAUGGAACAUGUGCAUGGGAUUAAGCCUAUGAUGAUACAUUAUGGUGCCAUUGUGGAUAUCUUGGCUCGUGCUGGUCGGCUAAAAGAGGCUUAUUCCUUCAUAAUGAACAUGCCUAUUGAGCCUGACGCUGUUGUGUGGAGGACAUUGCUUAGUGCAUGCAGCAUCCAUGAUACUAAUGACACUGAUGGAGUGGGGGAUGAAGUGAGAAAGAGGCUGCUUGAAUUGGAGCCGAAAAGGAGUGGGAAUUUAGUGAUAGUUGCAAACAUGUAUGCUGAAGUUGGGAUGUGGGAGAAAGCAGCAAAUGUGAGAAGGCUUAUGAAAGAUGUAGGGUUAAAGAAGAUGGGCGGAGAAAGUUGGGUCGAGAUAGGUGGAUCCAUCCAUAAGUUCUAUUCUGGGGAUGAUUCUCAAAUCGAACUUAAAGGAAUCUACCAAUUACUUAAAGCAUUGAACUUGCACAUGAAGAUGGUGAACUCUUGUGACAGUAAUCUUUCAUCCCCUUUUAUCACAUAGAAUGAAUAACAAGUUUUGAUUCUUCAUCGUUUCUCUUUUUACUUAUUUUGACUGAUUUAACAGAGCUCAACUAUUUUGGGGGUGCCCUGUACAGGGCCUACAUACUCCUUUCAGUAAAAUUUUGUGUGAUAACAGGCUGUAACAGAAGUAUUUGUUGAUAUCAUAAAGUGAAAAUGAGAUCUGAUUUUACUAGAUG